GUGAAUAUUAGAGAAUUGGUUUUGUGUUACUGGUACACAAGUCGGUUUUGUGGGAUUUGCUUGCUGUGUUUGCUAAUUUAGCACGGAAAGCUGUUUGUUUAUCAGAGACACAAACUUAGUCUCCACUUUCACUUCAUUUCUCCAGAUUAAUUAUAGAAGAGACAUGUAUUUUCCAGUAUAACCAGUAUGGCACAAGCAUCCUGACCUUGGACAUUUUGCCCAGUCUCUACUGUGAAUGAGAAUAAAUCCUGAGGAUCAGGACCAUAACCUCCUCCUGGAUUAACUAUUCUACAAGCUCUCCGAGUGACUCUGGGACUUCAGAACGUCUGAGUUGGAAAUAGCUAACAAGACAAAGAAGAUGGAGGGAGCAUCUGCCUAAUUAGGCCCUGUGUGGUGACAGGCUGAACCUGACACUUUUCCCACAACUCUCAUGUGGAUCACACAGCAGCGGUGAUGCGCAUCCCGUUGUAACACACAGGCACGCACUCAGUCCCAGUGUAAUUACACUGUAGUUCCUAAUGCUGGGCCGUGAAACCCUUCCGAGAUCCUGAAGCUGCUCUGCCUUCCCAGCAGACGCACACGGGAAGAAGAGCUCGAGGCUGGGAUGGAGUUUGGAAAAUAAUAAAGCACAAGCUUAACUGGCGAAUCUGUCAAGAAGCAGGAGCAGCGAUUUGCUGUCAGUUGAUUCUCUGCUGUCUUAUAUGUGCAUUUAUUAUUACCUUCGAGCCCAGCUCAAAUUGAAGUGCACUCGUUCCUGGCUCAGAGAGAUUGAGACCUGUGGCUUGACCAACUUCUCAGAGCUGAUAACCUGCAGGGAGAGGAAUGGAGCGGCAGGGUGACUCUCCGCAUGACCAUGCUUUCGUGGCGCUGCCGCUGCCGAGCAUGCUGAGUGGAUCGGGUGAGGCGGACCUCCAGGUCCUGAUCCGUGAAACAGAGGAGAAGCUGAAACUCAACGCCUGCAGUAUUGAGCAGAACCUGUGUGAACUGCAGACUAAGAUUGGAGAGGCCUUGGCUGGUGAGAAGGUCCCCAGUCCUACAGAAUGCCUAAAAUGGUUCCAUCAGAGUAACAUGAGUUCACUGAAACCUGUCUCUACUGAUCACCAGGAGCUUCUGGACUUCCUCAAAGCACUGCAACACCUUCUGAAGACGGAGGAGGCUUACACAGAGGCAGUUCUCCAGCUGCUGCUGAACAUCUCCUCUCAAUGCGGCGUGGCCUUCCCCACUUCUGACUCCUUAUCUGAACAGAGCCAGACUUUCAUGGCUCCCUUUUGCUCUGUACACGAUAACAUCGCUCUGGAGGUCCAAGAAACCUGGGAUGACGUCCGGCUCUUGCUGCGGCACCACCUGCUGGACAAGUUAUCCAUGGACGGCUCUGGAGUACCUGAAAAGGCAGUCGUCCUUGUGCACCAGCUCUGCUUCCUGUACACUGAAACAGAGGUCCUGGAGAAGUACCAGGCUCUCCGGAGCAAAACGGUUCUGGGACUUCUCAGGAACAAACAGACAUGCUGUCCAGAUGGAGGAAGUGGCUUUCAAAGGUUGGCUGUGGGCUUCCAGGCCGUCUGUCCUCCCUUCUGUGCCAUGCUGUGUGAGGACAUUCACGUCCUGAAUGGCAUAGUCGAGCCACAUUGCAUUCUGAGCUUUGUGAACCAGACCUACCUGUGGACGCUGGUGCAGGAGCUGGACCUGCUUAUGGAGGUGGUGUUGAAGGAUAAUAGUGCACAAGGAGAGAAGGGGAUGAGGAGCUCAAGCAAGAAGGCAGCAGUAGCUCCUCAAGACACUCCCCAAACCAGCAGGAAUUUCUCCCUGACCUCUGAGCAGCUGAGAGGCCUGGUCCAACUGGCCACCACACUGCUGCAGCUGGAGCGCCAAGUGGAGGAUCUGGCAACCGAGUUGGGCUUUCUCAACUGUGCUGGAGAAUCAAGUGGUGUUAAAGGGAACCUAAAGAAAGUCAGGGAUGAUGUGGAGAUGUCUGCGCUGGAUGGUAAAGUCACGUCAGACCUGCUGCUCCACAGUACCGAGGUGGUGUGUCUGGAGUUUGAGUGGAGGGCUGCAUUUCAGGUACUGGCUCCUCAGAUGGUUCACGGUGUGAAGAUGUUUCUGGAAGAUGUCUGCAGUAAGAGUCUUCAUCAGGAGGAGAGGACACACAGCUCCACGUCAUCUCUUAUCCCUCGAGGUUGUGUUUCUCUCCGACAGGAAGCUGAACUCAGUCCAGAGAGGGACAUGCCCAAGACGAUCGCUAAGUUCUGUGCAGAUGUGAUGGAGGAGCUGGAUGCUCUCCUCACUUUGGCUGUGGUGUGUAAAGAAGAUGCUCUGCUCCCCGUGUGCUCCUGCUACAUAGAGGUGUGUGGCCAGGUGACCUCAGCUCUCCUGACCAGGCUGGAAGAGAGGGCAAGGGAGGUUCCUCACGCCUCACCCCUCAAGAACCUUCCCACUAUACUGGCCUCCAGCACUUAUAUCCACCAUAGACUGGUUUACUACGAGAGCCAACUAGGGGACACCAAUCGCAUGCCUCUGACUCUGCUGCCCGUCCAGAGGAGUCAGGAAGUGACGGAGGCCGUUCACGAGCAUCUGACCAGCUACUGCGUCCACGUGUGUGCCACCAGCAUUCUGCAGGAUGCCGAGAGUCACUACUGGGCGGACGACAAUUCAUUUUAUGAGGGUGAAAGGUGUUCCUUCUCUAUCCAGAUGUGGCACUAUUUCCUCUCAGCGCUGCGCAGUGACCUGUGGAGCACCGUUUCCCCGCUGUUGGCCAAGCAGACCCUGGCGCAGGUGUUGGCACAGACUCUCGAGCUCCUGCUUCAGCGAUACUCCAGAGCUCAACCCUCCUACAAAAGACACCCUCAGAUCAGACUGGACAUCACAGCCAUCCUGCUGUGUGUGGAGCAGCUGAUAUGGUCUGUAUGUCACAGCGUGGAGGAACUUGUCGGACCAGAGCUGCCUUCAGAAACCUCCAGAACCUGGGUGUCCAUCAUCCACAGCCUGUGUAAUCAACUCCUGAAUGUGCUCAUCAUCCUCACCGCCCCUCUAACCGAGCUCUACAGAACUUUCCAGAAUGGAUUUAGUGAAGAGUCUUCCACCACUCCAGCAGAUGGACACACUAAGCAUGCUCCUUUCUGGCUAAAUAUCUUCAACCCUACACUCUUCCCACUGGAUCAGCCGAGGGGUGGGUCGGAAAGUGAAAGCUCGACUCUGUGUCUGUUGAACAUAGUGAUCUCAGGACCUGGCUUCUCUCCGGCUUUGCUCCUGCAGGCUAUACUGCACCAUGACUGCCUCCUGCUGCGCCUGCUGAUCUCCCAUUCCUGUCUGUGUUUGGACAGUAAGGUUGAAGUGUCCCCUGAGGCUCAGGAAGCUGCUGCUGCUGAGUUUGUGGAAGCUAUUUUUGCUCUCCUGUCCUCUCUAAACAACGUCCCCAGGGCUCUAGCACUAGUGCUUGAGGGCUACCUGGACAGAAGACACCUAUGGGACCACUUUUGCAGUUUAGCAGAUCCAGUCAAAGGAGAGCCUGUGCUGUUUAAGUGUGUCAGAGACGUCAUCUGCAAACCCAUCAGCACCCUGUUACGGCACUUAGUGAGCAUGAUGCAGGUGUGUGAGGCAUGUCCUAGCUCACUGCUCAGACAAAACCUCCCUGAAAGUGUACAGGCCAAGAUCCCUAAAGAGUGGAACUAUACGCCUCAGGAGGCCAAGACGAAAGACAGCAACAAGACCAUUAGUCUGACCAUUCAGGUUCUCUCGUUCAUCUUCACCCACCUCCCAUCCUGCGUGGCCUCCAUCCCCAUGCCUGUCCGCUUCCUCUUUCAUACGGCUGAGAAGCAGCAGUGCCAGAGCUCCAGACAGUUGAGGCCCACGGGUCUGCUUAUCCGGGUGCUGCUCGGCUUUCUGUGCCAAAGCUUGGAGAACGGCGAGACCCUGGAGCUGGUAUCUACUGAGCCCUUGGAGCGAGGGGUCAAAGAGCGUCUGGCACUGCUGUCUGAGUGCCUGCAGGUGAGCCUGGGACUGGAGAAGGGCAAGCCCAAACCCAGCGUGCAUAAGAUCCUGCAGGGUCUGGAGGGGAAAAGGCCUAAGUGGAGCUCCAUGCAGCUGCAGAAAGCACACAAGCUCUGCAGCGAGAGCAUGUUUGAGCAUGUGGAGAGUGGCCUGGUGCAGGAUAGAGGUGGACCCAGUGAACCGGCAGAGCAGAAAAUGUGUGCUGUGCUGCUGGCACUGUGCCAGGGAGCAGGUGGUAUUCAGAACCUGAAGCAGAUCCAUCACACCAUCCAGCUCAAUGAGGGCUUGUUAAGGUCCAAGCUUGCCUCUGCUAAAGAUAGUACAUCGUCUCCCGAGGGACCACCGUCUGUCCUGUUCUCCUCAGCAGCGAAUGCACUAAACAGUCCGCCCCACUUCAACCCACUCUUUCACUUUGACCACGUCGGCCACGCUAAAUUUGAUCAGGCAGCUAUGAGCAAGAGAGAGUGGGACUGGGCCCAAGUGCUGUCGGCCUAUCAGAGCCUCAGUCAGGUGACCUUCACAGAUCUGCUGGCUAACAGGUGGGAGAUGCAGGACGGUGCCCUACUCGAAGAUGAAGAGAAGACUUUAGUGGAUCACUUCAAGAAAGCUUAUUUAAACAAAGCUCUGGAACCUUGUUCUGAAAUCUCUGAAUGACCGGAAUGCUGUACAUUCAAAUUUUAAGGCACAAUAUUAGUCUUUGCAUGUUACAAUAUUUUAUUAUGAAGUAUUAGCUCACUGUACAGCGAUAUCUGUUUUGUUAUCGUUUUUGUUGUUUUGUAUGUGGUCCUGUAUUAGGAUGGACAUUAAUCCAGCAGCAGGGUAAAUAGAUGUGGUUUAAGGAACCGCUGUUGAACUGAAUCACACGUUCUGACCAUACACCAAAGUGUCAGGAUGCUGGUUACAUUAAGCUUAGCAUUUCCUCUUGUUAGUAAUUUUUGGCAAAUUUCUAUUUAAGCAUACACCACUCAGCCAUAGCAUUAAAAUAAGUGACGGGUGAAGUGAAUAACAUUGAUUGAUUAUCUCAUUACAAUGGCAGCUGUGGGAUAUAUUAGGCAGGUCUCAGUCAGUUCUUGAAGCUGAUGUGUUGGAAGCAGGAAAAAUGAGCAAGUGUAAGGAUCUGAGUAACUUUGACAAGAGCCAAAUUGUGAUGGCGAGAUGACUGGGUCUGAGAAUUUGUAUGGA